CCACCACAUAUCCCCCAAUCAUGUCUUUUUUUCUACGUCUCUCUCUCAUCUCUCUACACCCCCCGUGUUUUCCGUUCGCUUCUAUGCUUGCUUAAUUGCUUUCGCUUUCUUUAAUUCAAAUUGAAGCCAAUCUUCUUCAAAGCAAACUUCAACUUUGGUAAAGCAAUCGACGCCAUCCAUACCCAGCCAGGAAAAAGCGCAAAAAAUCUCAAACCUGAAAGAAAGAAUAAUCGAACUUGCAUACUUCCCCACCUUCCUUCCUUCUUCUUCUUCUUUCUUCCACAAACCUCUUCUUUCUGGGCGUCCUCCCGGUCGAGAGGUUGAAGCUUGAAGAUUCAAGAAGAAGAAGAAGAAGAAAAAGAGGCCUGAAUAAGUUCCCCCUUCCUUGUCUAUUGUCCAGAACAGAAACAAUGGCUGCUUUGACCUCUUCUCUUUUGCUGGCAUCAGAGCUGAAGCCUUCUUUGCUCUCCCAGCAUCAGCCACUCCAAACUUCUCUUCUUUUACGCAGAACAAGAAGAAUACCACCCAUGAAGCACCAAUCUACUGUUGUACCCGUUGCAAGGUUAUUUGGGCCAGCUAUCUUUGAAGCUUCAAAGCUGAAGGUUCUGUUCCUGGGGGUCGACGAAAAGAAGCAUCCGGAGAAGCUUCCCAGAACCUAUACACUGACGCACAGUGAUAUAACCUCUAAGCUCACUCUGGCCAUCUCCCAGUCAAUAAACAACCCUCAGUUACAGGGGUGGUACAAUAAGUUGCAGAGAGACGAAGUAGUGGCAGAGUGGAGGAAGGUGAAGGAGAAAAAGUCUCUCCAUGUUCACUGCCACAUCAGCGGCGGUCACCUGCUAUUAGAUUUGUGUGCCAGGCUCAGAUACUGGAUCUUCUGCAAGGAACUUCCCGUGGUUCUGAAGGCGUUCGUUCAUGGAGAUGGGAAUCUGUUCAACAAGUACCCGGAAUUGGAGUCGUCUCUGGUUUGGGUUUACUUCCACUCCAACAUACCGGCAUUCAACAAGGUGGAGUGCUGGGGCCCACUGAAGGAGGCCGCGGCACCUAAUUCCACCGACAGCAGCCAGUGGGAGAUGCCGCCACAACCAGAAGAGCCAUGCCAGGACGACUGCGCUUGCUGCUUUCCUUCAAUCAGCUCCAGCCCUUUCUCCUCGCCGCCCUCACCUCCUCCUCAUAAUCUUGCUGCUGCUGCCGCCGCCCCCCGGAUGGGCCUACACCACUACCGCCACCAACAACAAACAUAAAACAAUCAAUCAAUUUGACUUCCUGUUUGAUAUAGUUUUCCGUUUCACAUCACAUGGUGUUGUAAGAAUGAAUUGGUUAUCUAAAUGUAAAUAAUGAUAAGAAGUAACGUGCUAUUCUUAUUCUUUGACUUUA